AUCAUCUAAUAGAGAGAGAGAGAGAGAGAGAGAGAGAGAGAGAGAGAGAGAGAGAGAGAUUUGUUAUAAGUUGUUAAAAAGUUUGGUGUCACAACGUACAUGGACAAGUUAGUCGUUAUUGUUGUAGUAUUAGUCAUUUUGGGCCUUGGGUUGACCCAUGGUGCAACAACAACAUCACUAUGCACCAAAACCCCAUACCCGGAAUUAUGCAAUUCCCUUGUCGUCACUAAACCUAAUCUGGCCACCACACGCGAAACCCAAUUCGAGUUACGUGAAUCAGCCCUUCAAACCACUUUAGAUAAAGCUGCACGAGCACAUGGGCUUGUUGCGGCCAUGGACUUGACCUCAUUCGACGAGCGAGCCAAGUUGGCAUGGGCUGAUUGCAUGGAGCUCUACGAGGACGCGGUUGACAAGCUCAACUGCUCUCUAGGCUCCGCCGAUCAGUCCAGUGCCCAGACGUGGCUGAGCGCUGCCAUGACCAACCAACAAACAUGCCGGAAUGGUUUUAUUGACUAUAACUUAUCUUCGUACUUGAACUCUUUCCCCGUUGUUUUAAGUGAUUUUUCAAAGAUGCUAAGCAAUUCACUUGCAAUAAACAAGGCUGCAGCUCCGUCAGUGACUGCACUCUCUAGUACUAAAAAGACACGGAGCCGACGCCUUCUUUCUGACGAUUUCCCGGAGUGGGUUUCCGCCAGUGACAGAAAGCUUCUACAGCUGUCCGGUGAAGCACCCGCGGCGGAUGUUGUGGUCGCUCAAGACGGUUCUGGCAACUACAAGACCAUCUCGGAGGCGGUGGCGGCGUCAAAGAGCGGGGGUAAGAGACUUGUCAUACACGUGAAAGCUGGUGUUUACAAAGAGAAUGUUGUGAUCAAGAGGUCAAUGAAGAACCUGAUGUUGGUAGGAGAUGGGAUUGGUUCUACGAUUGUUACCGGUAAUAAGAACGCUCAAGAUGGCUCCACAACUUUCGCCUCAGCAACUUUUGCUGUUUCCGGAGAUGGCUUCAUCGCUCGUGACAUGACCUUCGAAAAUACAGCUGGGCCCCAGAAACACCAGGCAGUCGCGCUACGUUCUGGCUCAGAUCUCUCAGUCUUCUAUAGCUGCAGCUUCGUGGGCUACCAGGACACACUAUACGUCUAUUCUCAACGUCAAUUCUAUCGGGACUGCGACAUUUACGGCACCGUGGACUUCAUUUUCGGGAACGCGGUGUCAAUUCUCCAGAAUUGCAACAUAUACGUGAGAAGACCGAUGGGCAAUCAGUUCACCACCGUCACGGCGCAAGGAAGGGAGGACCCUAACCAAAACACCGGAAUCAUCAUCCAUAAUUCUCGCGUCACCGCUGCUUCGGAUUUAAAAUCGGCCCAGGGUUCAAUCAAGACGUAUUUAGGCCGACCGUGGCAGAAGUACUCGAGGACCGUGUUCAUGAAAACUUCUCUAGACAGUUUGAUUGCCCCGGCGGGUUGGCUUGCGUGGAGCGGGAAUUUCGCAUUGAGCACGUUGUACUACGGCGAGUACAUGAACACGGGACCCGGUGCGGGUACCGGUGGCAGGGUGAAGUGGCCGGGGUACCAUGUCAUGACGAGCGCGACAGAGGCUGGGAAAUUCUCCGUCGGGAGCUUUUUGGCCGGAGGUUCGUGGAUUCCGUCCACGGGAGUGCCGUUCACUGCUGGAUUGUAAAAGGGAUAUGUGAAAAGUUGGUUGUGCAUGGGAAAAGAAAGUGAUUUGUAGUAUUGUUAUAGUGAUAUAUUGUGUGAUUUUGGGUUGGCUCCUUGCUGUACAAAUUAGGUACCGUGAAAGCAAAAUGUGUAGGCUUUUAUGUAAAACCUGUACUAUUAGUUGUCAUAACGUGGUGUAUUUGGUUGAAUUUUGAUGUGAAUAUUUAAUUGAGAUUCAUGAAUACAAGUGUACUACUAUUUCCUUUGA